GAGAGCGACGAGAGCCAGCGAACUUGGUUGCGAGGAAGGAAGAGGAGAGAGGGAUCUCGAGCACCCAGGAAAGCCUCCAUCCACCUCCACAUCCACGGGCCCCCAGUAUUCGCAAGUGGUAACAGGGCCGCGUUAGCGUUUCGCCGCAACGCAAUAUCUGAAAUCAAAACCGAAAUCAAAUUUGUACCAUUUGGUACCCAUAAUCAAAAAACAAAAUAAAAAUUACCUCUGCGAGCCACAUGCACAUUAAUUGAUGUUGAACGGUAUUACAAGCACAAGAUGAAUACCAAAAACAUACAAAACCAACCCAUGGAUGGGGCAAAAUUUCUUGAGGUCUUGUCAACAAUAUCAUUGGAAGAAAUAUUAAAAUUUGAGUUCCGCAAUAAUGCGACAAGAAAAUGGCAAUUAUUGAUAACCCCCGCAGACGGAAAGUACAUUUGUAAUAUUUGCCGUGUUGUCCAAUAUGGCGACAAGAAUUUGUUUAGCCACCUCAGUGGUAAGAAACACAACGCAGUAAUGGUGUCCGAACCACAAUUGCAAAUAAGAGUACAGCCCGCGGGUGGUCCACAGAAAGCGGUUACAGAACCCCUUAAAAAGGGACCGCCAAAUCCCAUUAAUAACCAGAACCCCGUUGCUAAAACUCCCAUUGCUUCCAAUAAAAAUGUUCAGAAUAAUAAUAGUACUAAUAAUGCGGUCAAACAGACAGCUGGAAGUCACGCUGUAAAAGCCCAAGGCAUUCAAAAGAAAAUUCCAGCUACUGGCGUGACCGCUCAAAAAGUUGCUAGCCCUAAUUCAGCAACUGGCUCGCCUAUUCAGAAGAAUAUUCCAGGAAGUAAUGCAGUCCCUCAAAAUAGUACUGCAACAAAUAAUACACCAGUUCAAAAAAAUACUUCAGAAAAUAAUGCACCCGUUCAAAAAAUUACUUUAGAAAAUAAUGCACCCGUUCAGAAAAAUAAUUCCGAAAGUAAUACACCCGUUCAAAAAAAUGCUACAGGAAAUAAUACUCCGGUUGAAAAGAAAAAUCCAGGAUAUACACCACCCACUCCAAAGAAUAUCCCGGUUAUUGGCGCAAACACACCGAAAAAGCCCAACCAAAACGCGGGAAAUAAUCAAGCAAAGAAACCUAUUGCAAAGCCUGGGGUCAAGAAGGGACCACAGUCAAUAGCACCAAGCACAGCGGUUAAACCGGUCAUCACAAAGAACACAGCAAGCCCUGGUCCCAAGACCACUGAAGACAAUAAUAGUGCUCAGCCCAAACCUAUAAAUAAACCUGCACAAAAUGAACAGACCCCUGACAAAAUUCAGGCCCAAACACAAUCCCCAGCUCAAGCCAAGCCACAGCAAAUCAAAACUGUGCAGAAUGCUAAGCCCAAGACAGCAAAUCCAGAUAUUGUCAAGAAUCCGCUGGCCACAAAGAUAACAUGUGUUCCGCUGGCCAAGCUUAUCAACGCCAAUCCAGAGCCGUCCGAGGAGGACGCCGAUGUUAUUAUUGUUGAUGAACAACCAAUAGAGGUUCCAAAGGAGCCGGAAACUGAGAAAAAUGCAGUUCCAGUUCAGGCAACACAACCAAAAGCCAUCCCCCCGGUUCAAACAACGAGGCAGAAUACAUCGAUCCCCGUUCAAACAACGAAGCCGAAUGCACCGAAUGUAGCCAAAAAUCCGCCCAAAAGCAUGGUGCCCCCCGUUCGGCCCGGUAUUCAUAAUUCAUACUCUGCUUCAAGGGAUUAUCCACCAGGUAAAUACACAGGUGGCACAUUUGAGUCCAGGCGACAGGAUGAAGUAAUGGGUCUGGUUGGCGUUGAGUACGUCUUGAAAAUAGUACACAACAUGUCCGAUAAGCAUGCCAGAUACCAAUGCUGCCUGUGUGAGAUCUAUUCCGAUGAACAAGCGAUGCACAAUCACUUGCUGGGCUACAACCACCGUCUAAAGUAUUUCGACAAGCAUUUCCCGACUGCAAUGCGUCAGUACCGUCAGUAUGUCUCCCAUGUGCCGGAGGGCGAGGUGGGCAAAAUAAUGAUACCCAUAUUUGAUAAGCUUGCCACGGCCAUUGAGACCCAUCACGGUCGAAAGACUGCCCAUCUGUGCUAUGAACAUGAAUAUAACAAGGAUCGUCAGGCUUGUUAUGCUCAGGUGUAUAAUAGAAAGCAUUCAUCGGAAAAGAUGGGCCCAUCGUUCACCCACGUCGUAGACGCCAAAGAGGUGGACGAACUGAUUCAAAAGGCCAGGAACAAGCCCAUGAUGAACGUAGAAAAUCCAAAUCCGUAUUACAUUCCACAGUACGGAUCGCAAGCUCCGCCCAAUUAUGUGCGCUAUAACAAUGCGCCGCCAAGGAAUACCGCACUGCCUGUUGAUGACGAAACGCACAAGCGCUUGGUGGAGAACUUCCUCAGGGACACCAGAAAAACCCACCAGGGCGAUGUCCAGAGGUCCAGAAACCCCAAGCGAAACCGUUCAAGGUCCAUUUCGCCGGACCAGAGGAAGAGAGUCACCCAGAAAAAGCACUGGGAUGUGGAGCGCAGGUCGGUGUCGCCUUUGCGCGACGGGGAUAUUUGGCAGGCGUACCGUCAUAUGGUGGAUCUCAAGGUACGUGAUCUGAACGUGACCUUUGACACGUACAGAUCUGACCCGGAACAGCAUCCGAACUAUCAGGCCGAGUGGCAAAUGUUUUGGAAGCGCCGCAAGGAUGAACUUACACAGGCUGGCAUCAAUCAUCGUUCGUAUAACUUCCAAAACGAAUGGAUUCACUUCUUUAACGCACGCAUCGAGGAAUUGUACAAUCAAGAUAUUGAAAAUAUCAAAAUAAAGUGCCGCGAAAGGCUGUGUCUUCCCAUGACCAAUAACGAAUUGGCCAACGAAAAGUAUCACGUUCACUUGCCCAUUACUACCGAGCCCAGAAUGAGCAAUCCCGAAUGUGAAGAGAGCCCUGAGAAAAUGCCAAUGGAGGUGGAUCCUCCCAUUGCGGAACCACCGAAUGUCAUUCAUGUUCUUCGUCUUUUGACUGCUUUGGAGAACUAUCUGGGAAGUUUGGGUCCUUUCAUUACAGAGAUGCUGGUGAAAGCCCUGCAAACCCAGAAGAUUUAUCCGGACAAGGUCCACACUUUAAUUUUGACAGCCGAAAACUGUGCUAUUUUGGAAACCGUAAAAGAAAAGUUUACGGGUCUCUUGAUCUCCCAAAUUUAUGAUCCCACCAAGGAACGGGCUUUGAAGAAAGCCAUUAAUGACACCGAACUCUUACUUCAAGAAGCCAGUAGGCAUAACAUUCCUAAGGAUAAUGCUCAGCGGGCUGAGAAACCAGAUUUUCCGAUGGCUAGCAGGAGUACGUAUAACGCCGAUAAGCCAUUGGAUAAAACAGAGCUGGCGGCAAAGCUGGCUUCCUCGCUGAUGUCGCAGGGCAAAACCUCGAUUAACCGGGAAGAACUUCAGAAAAUACUUCAAGUAUAUAAUAUGAUUGAGCAGAAGAAACGACAGGACAUACCCUCUACCAGUUCGGCGAACUCUGGGCCCAGCGCAGCCGGUGGCUUGAUUCCGAACUCAAAUAACAAUGGUAGCUUGCUGACACAACCCUCGACUAGAAAUUUAAACUUUGCGAACAGUGCAAACAACUCGAUCAACGCGACCAGUAUGUAUACUGGUCAAAACUACUCCGGAAAUGUGGCUCGCUUUAACAACCAACAAAACACUAACAUACCUAACACCUUAACCUCGAACGCGUAUCCGACUGAUCGUGGACUUGGAGGAUCUGGCGUAUCUGGCGGAUACCAAAGUAGUCAAUUCGGCACUGGAGUACCGGCGAUCAAUCCAAGCAGCGUUCUGCGGAACGACUUAACCACGUCGUCGCUGUUCAACUUCAACACCAACUUGAACCCGUCUUACAACAACCCUAACCGGAGGAACACUAACUUUUAAUAGAUAGCAUAUAAAUCAAUUAGUAUUUUACACGAAAUUUACAUGGAAUUCAUAUAGAUGUAAUCGCUUCAUUUUCAAAUUUGUACAACAUUUGAAAAAUGUAAUGUAAAUAAAUCGAUUUUACAAUUGGAAAAAGCUCUACUUAACUCUAAUAUUAAAUGGUAGAAGUUAGUUUAAUCAAAAUAAAGUAUUUCUUUGAAUAACAAAA